CUUUGUAUGAGCACUAAACAAAAAACUGUAGCCAGCGGCGUUUAAACUGAACACAGACUUAGUUACAGUUGUGUCUUUUUUCCUUAUUUACCCCAAAGCAGGACAGAGGAAAUAAUUUAUGCCAACAUAUGCAGAAAACCUUGAGACACGUCAGGAGUAACAUAUCCUUGGGCUAUGACUAAGACACACACAAUGUUGCCCUACCGGUAUGAAGAAAAAAGUUUUUUUAUGUAAACUGUAGGCUUCUCUGAAAGGAGUGCAUGGAACAUGUGGCUCCUGGUUGAAGAUUUCCACACAAAAACACAGGAUAUGAAGUACAUCAAGCAGUUUAUAAACAGCAAACCAUGGAGCUGGUCUUCUAAUGUUUUAAGGUUUCUUAUAUUUGAAUCAUUUCGCUCGGGUUACUCUACAAUGAUGCAGGUUAAAGAAAGAAAACAAUAUGGAUGUUGAACCUGAAAUCAUGAUCACAGCAGUAUGUGUUGCACUCAAUGGACAAGUCUCAAUGCUGCAAAGGCUUGUUUUAUUUAAACUAGUGGAGUUAUCCCAGAGUCCGCCGUGUUGAACCACUUCUGUUUGGUGGAAUCUAAAUAUUUUACUCAUUUCCGAGAAGUUUGUGAUCCUUCACUGCUGCAAGAACCAUGCGAUGUGCUGGGACUUCAAAGAAAAAUAAAUGGGAAACACACAUAUUUUUAACAUAUGUUCUAUGUAAAUAUGUUAAUGUAUUAAUUCAACUUGAUAGAAGCUUAAGUGGUUGACGUAAGCAAACGGGAAAUAUAUGUGGCAACAUACUAAUGCUAUAUUUACUUAAGUCAAUGGACGUAAUUAUAUUUUACAUUACAUUUUACAAAACAUGAAGUAUAUCGCACAAUUAAAAAAAUGCCAGCUCCAUGUUACGAUGAAAAACAUGAUUCAAUGGACUCAGCACUGUGUAACACAGAUUAGAUGCAGUUUGCAAGGAGAAAGACACAUUUGUUACACACACACACACACGCACACACACACACACACACACACACACACACACACGCACCCACACUUAGUAUCAAGCUAACAUAAAAAUCUGAAACCGCUGAGUUCCUUCAGAAACAGCAGCGAUGGUUACUGUUAACACACACACACACACACACACACACACACACACACACACACACACACACACACACACACACACACAUACAGCAGCUGUGCAUAAAGAUAAAUAAUGACUGUUUGGGUUGAUAAAAAUAACACAGGGCUGUAAGUAAUAAUGUGUGCAAUUUCUUAGAGCUUAAAAAGCUAAAUUAAAAAGCUAAAUCCUCAUCUUCAUAUAAGUUUGACAUUUCUGCGUGCACCCCCCCACCCCCUCAAACCGGUUUGUCUGCCUGUCGCAGGGCACAUAGGUCACGUUCAGAAACAACUUUGAAGCUAUACAUAGCAAACGUUUUUAUCUGCUAUAAUUUGCAUCGCUUCCCGUUAGCACAUGUACGCGUUGCAUAGAAAAGGAGACUAAGCUAGCUCAAAACAAAAGGUUUAAGGGUGUGUGUGUAGCAGACUACUUCUUGGUUGGGCCAGGUAACCAGUGGAAACACCAGGAAGUAGUCUCACCCAGAAACAGUGGAUCCGACACAUUAACCGCAAAAUGAAACCAUUGCUUUAAGGGUGCUGGAAGACUGCUGGACUGUCCCAGGCUAGCUGUUCUUACCCAUUUCCCUUCCUUGUGCUACGCUAACAACGUCUUGUUAUGGCAACCAAAGCAUGGACCUUUAUUAGAAACGUAUACAAUAAAGUAAAUGAAGGGGUUUUUUUUUUUGCAGCCAUGGCAAAGAAAACCUUAACAGACAAGAGAUAAAACUUUCCAAAUGUCACUUCCCUCUCUCCGGAUCUGAUGUUUAGUUCAACACAUUCAGACAAGCCCAUCAAGUCAAACCAGUACCAUUCCACAUUUUAUGUUAUUGUUGGAAGUAGUUCACGUCUGGUGAGUUUUCAUGUCAUAUACAAAUGUGGAAACAUAAGCCUUUAUUGAUAGAUUUGUGUGUGUGUGUGUCUGUCCUAAAGCCCCGUGCAGCAGCCAUGAACUGGAUGGGAUGGGAGAGUUUGUUGAGCGGAGUCAACAAAUACUCCACUGCGUUCGGGAGGAUUUGGCUGUCCAUGGUGUUUGUGUUCCGUGUCAUGGUGUUUGUGGUGGCCGCGCAGAAGGUCUGGGGCGACGAAAGCAAAGACUUUGUGUGUAACACGCGGCAGCCUGGCUGUACCAACAUCUGCUAUGACCACAUCUUCCCCAUCUCCCACAUCCGCCUGUGGGCGCUGCAGCUGAUCUUUGUCACGUGCCCGUCCCUGAUGGUGAUGGCUCAUGUCAAAUUCCGCGAAGGAAAGGACAAGAACUACGAGGAGCUGCACCACGGCGCCCACCUGUACGCCAACCCCGGCAAGAAGAGAGGGGGGCUUUGGUGGACCUACCUGCUGAGCUUGGUCCUGAAGGCUGGAUUCGACAUGUCCUUUCUGUACAUCCUGUAUCGUAUAUACCACGGAUAUGACUUGCCCAGGCUCUCCAAGUGUUCGCUGGAACCGUGCCCCAACACCGUGGACUGCUUCAUCAGUCGGCCCACGGAGAAGAAGAUCUUCAUGCUGUUCAUGGUUGUCUCCAGCGCGCUGUGCAUCCUGAUGUGCUUCUGCGAGAUGAUUUACCUCAUCGGGAAGCGCGUCGCCAAAAACAUGAGGGCCCGCAACGACAACAGGAGGUGCCAAUUUGCAGAGGAGCACGAGCUCACCAACAUGGCCCCACCCAGGUCCCAGUGCCGCCGGGUCGAUCCCACGCUGACGGACAGCCAGCUGGAUUUAAUCAAGGCGGAGAAGGUCAGAGACAAAAGUGUAAUCACGAGCUUGUAGGACUCCAGAGGUGGUGGGAGGGGUGAGUUUGGGGGUUGUGGGGGGGGUUGUUUCCAACUUACUCUCUGCUGGAAGGAGAAGACCUGCAGGUGUGGCCACGUUUGGAUAUCACAGUUCCACCUCUGCGCCUGUCCUCCAGCGGGACAAAACGUCCAGGAGCGGGCUUUUGAAAUCGCCAACCUGACCGAGGCCUGCUGUAAAGGGGAAUCGUCGAUUUGAUUUGAGGAACCAACGCCGGCGGGUCAGGUGUGUCAGGUUACAUGUAGCCUGCCUCAGCCAUCUCCACGGCAACGCUAAAGUGCUAAAUGAUUUGUGGACUGGAUCAAAGAAUUAUUGUUCUUUCAUAAGGUGGGGGGGGAGGGGGUGCUUUGAGCGGCGCUAAGAACAGGAAUGAGGAGUUCUGGGACACGCCUUCAACAGUUCACACAAGGGUGCUCGGAGCAGACCUCCCCCCCCCGCAGAGAAGAUGCUCCAUAUCCAUCAUGUGAACUUUUCAUCCCCAGGUCUACUGAAAUGACCAGUUUCAAUGUUUUUUUUUAAGGCUUAUUUUUAUUGAUCCACUUAGAUCUAUAUUUAAUUGCUUUUAAAAUAAAAAUGCUGAUCAAGCCAAUGUCGCUCAGAAAGGUAUUUUCUUUUCACACACAGGGUUUGUAAAUUAAGUACACUGCUUCUCCUGAUAUAGUAAUAAUAUAAAUAUGUGCUAAAAAAGAGCUAAAUUUGGAUCAGAACAUUUUCAAAUUGUGCUCAUGAAUGUUUUCAUUAAUACCAGGCUGUAAUGGGAAGUAAUUCAAUGUGACAUGAAGUUUCUUAAAUCCAAUCAAUAGUCACCCAUUUUACUUCCUGUUAUAGAUGAUGCUGCAUGAUCGUAAUGUUUUGCUGUUAUGUUUUUUAUUUUUCCUCAUAGAUGCAUAUAGAGUACGCCAUUUUUCCUGGACUCAACCUGCUUAGAAUCACUCAGCAGUUAUUUUCCAAGCUGCCUGCAGAGUGUUUUGAGAACUGCUUUAAUUUGACAGUAAUGUGAAAGUAAAUUCAUUAGCAUAUUCACACAAACUUAAGCAGAUCUUAACAGGCUUACAUUCAUGAUUAUAUUUUUUCCAUUUAUUUUAACUUAUAGUUUACUUUUUGAAAACAGUGUUCUAAUCAUUAACUUUUUUUUCAAAAUAAUUUUUAGCUAUUUAAAAAAAAUAAGUAUAGUGUUAUUUUUCAACCUAAUAUAUUUGGACUUUUCUUUCAAGCUUAUAUUUCUGGGAUUUGUUUCAAAUGGUUUAAAAAAAAAAAAAAAAAAAAAAAGGGAGUCCGAAGACGUGGACAUUGCAACCUUU